CUUGGAGAAAGGAGCUGCAUCCCGUGGACGGUGCAACGGGCGGGAACGGAGGCACAGGGUUCUUGUCGAAGGACAGCAAGAAAAACAAGAAAUCCGGUAAUGGUAAUUACUGGGGCUACAACUACCACCAGGAUGAGGACGAAGCAGUAGAGGGCACCAGCAACUUCAAGCUCGAGCAGGAGCGGCAACGGCGAGAAGCGAGAAACUUUAAAGACCUGGAAGAUUUCGGCGAUGUGCGUUGCCGAGACCUGGCAAAGGAGUACUUGCUGGAAUUGAACGCGGUGAAGAAGGUGAAACUGACGCUGAAGGAGCUCUCCCAGCGGAGCUGCGUGGAGAAAAUUCUGAACCCUGGCGUCAGCAGGACGAUCGAGGAACCGCUAGAGUACCUCUUCUACUACCCACCAGAAACUACAACUACACCGGGAGACGAACUGGACUACGAAAGCGAGUAUAGUGAAAACUUCUAUGGCAAGGAAGCCACCGGGGGAGACCACUACAACCGCGACACUGCUACGAGAGCAGAACCUGGUGCUUCGCGUUCCUACCACGCUUUCCACAAGGACCUGACGACGAAACCCAAGCGCUACGUCGUAGUAACUACCACAUGUCCGAUGUUUUUCGGGAAAUAUCUUGGCUUCGACCCAUUGUCCGCGAGUCUCCCGGAGCAGAUCUUCACGCCAAACGGGUACGACAAGCACUUUGCAAAGGCGAAGGAGAAGGAAAUUUUACGGGCGAAGGAGGAAUCGGAAAAGCAAUUGGAGAAGAUGUGGAGAAAACAGGAAAGAGUAUCGUCCGUUGCGGAGGUCGCGGUGAGGACUAGUACACGCGAGGAAGAAGAUCACCAGGCAGCAGCAAGUAGUACGCAAAGAACGGGCUCUAGUACGACAGGAGUCGGUCCUGGCACGAUAGUUAAUGACGGUACUGCAACAAAGAAGACUACUAAAACCGGUUUUGUUUCUGACAGUCUUACUCAUGACCCGCUUCAAACACAAGCAAAAACGCUCGUCAGCCGAUUGGAGGAUCUGACCACGGACCUCCAGGUGGAUGUCAAAACCUCAAAGACCGCAGCAGGACCAGAAGCUGGUCCUGCUGUUGCAGCAUCAACAAUAAGUCGCAAGCAGAAGAGAGAACUGGAAUUGGAAAAAAUGAGGAAAAAGCAUGUUGGCAAGGACGAGUGGAAAAACUAUCUUGACGAAAACGGAAAGUACGACUGGCGUCUAGAUGAAAACUACUGGCGG